AUGAGACGACUUUUAUCAAAACUGAUAAACCGAGCGUUGCUGACUGAACCCUUUGGACGAAUGAUGGGCAGUGAAGCAGGAGUCCACACAAAUUCUCGUAUGAGACUGGUAAGUGAAUUAUUCAAGAAAAACAAUUGCUGCCCAAUAUGUUGUAGUCAGUGCACUGCAGCCACUUGUCUUGGGUUUUGACUAGGAUACAGUUUGUCAGAAUUGACCAAAAUAGACUUUUCAAGCAGGUUAAGAGAGCUUACGCAGGAGGUUAGGAUAAUUAAUGUUGCAGGUUAUGAGAAUUAGGUUAAGGUUAGGAAAAGGGUUAGGGUUAGCUCAAAUGCAAAGAGUUUAAACUUGACGUAAAUUUCACAUAAACUGUAUCCCAUCUAGCCAUGGUCCUUGUAUUGCUCACAGUUUGAUACAUAUAAAGCGUAGGCCUAUGACUUGUUACAAUGUAGCUGCUGGCAUAGCAGCCCAUGCUAGAAUGUAACAAUUAACAAUGCUGGUAACGUUGCAAGCGACAACGUAACGUUAAUCCACUUGAGACCACAGCUGACAGUUUGUGUCAAUAGGGCUCAUCAGGUUCUGUGCGUGGUGUUGUUCACAGUACAAUUUUGUAAGCAUUGCAUUUUUAACUGUUACAGAAGUAUUUGCUGCUAUUACUUUUAUUACAAUUGAUCUAAAUCGAAAUUAAGUGUAGUGGCUAACCUAUAAUAAUAAUAAUAAUAUGCCAUUUAGCAGACCUAGUCAAAAGUUCCACAAUGAGACACAUUUGAAAGUAAAUACAUGUCUUAUUCUGUUUGGCAGCCUUGUUUUGAGAGCUCUGUUUUUAAGUUAUAAAAGUAAAAACAAAAACUUUGCUCCUGUGUGUUUUUGUCACUGUCAAUGAGGGAGUUCAAUUAACCUGAGCUAUGGUGCAUGGGUCUAUGGCCUGUGACGUGAAUGGACAAAAGUGGUGAGGGAGGCACACCCUUUUGAAAUCGAACAGUAAUCAGUGCCACUCGUGUUGUCAACAAGGCAGCAUGGUGCAUCGUCCAGAAACAAACAACAUCUCUUUUCCAUAAAAUAUAUGUUAGAAUUUCAAAUUAGUUUUCAUUGGGAAGGCAGAUAAAGCAUUUUUAUCAAAAACAAUCACUUUUGCAUGUGAAAACACAGAAUCCUACUCAUUACUCCACGUGCUUAAUCUAAAUCACUUUUGUUUUGAGCCGACUUCACCAUGGGAUUUGAACAGGGCACCUGGCUCACGCCCAGGAGGCAGCCCGGUACCAAAAUGAAUGCAAUCACUUUUCACCCGGUGCAAACUCCUCCCACCAGGGUAACCUGGGACAGAUAAUGGAAUCUCCUCAAUGAGUAGGCCCAGAGCUACAGUGAGCUCCAAAAGUAUUGGGACACAGACCGUUUUUGUUUUCUUUUGGCUCUGUACUCCAGCACUUUGGAUUUGAAAUGAUACAUUGACUGAAGUGCAGACUGUCAGCUUUAAUUUGAGGUUAUUUUCAUCCAUAUCGGGUGAAGCGCUCCACACUGCCCUUUCAUACCUGGACAAAAGGAACACCUAUGUGAGAAUGCUAUUAAUUGACUACAACUCAGCGUUCAACACCAUAGUGCCCUCAAAACUCAUCACUAAGCUAAGGACCCUGGGACUAAACACCUCCCUCUGCAACUUGAUCCUGGACUUCCUGACGGGCCGCCCCAGGUGGUAAGGGUAGGUAACAACACAUCCGCCACGCUGAUCCUCAACACGGGGCCCCUCAGGGGUGCGUGCUCAGUCCCCUCCUGUACUCCCUGUUCACUCAUGACUGCAUGGCCAGGCACGACUCCAACACCAUCAUUAAGUUUGCAGAUGACACAACAGUGGUAGGCCUGAUCACCAACAACAAAGAGACAGCCUAUAGGGAGGAGGUCAGAGACCUGGCCGUGUGGUGCCAGGACAACAACCUCUCCCUCAACGUGAUCAAGACAAAGGAGAUGAUUGUGGACUACAGGAAAAAGAAGAGGACCGAGCACGCCCCCAUUCUCAUCGACAGGGCUGUAGUGGAGCAGGUUGAGAGCUUCAAGUUCCUUGGUGUCCACAUCACCAACAAACUAACGUGGUCCAAGCACACCAAGACAGUCGUGAAGAGGGCACGACAAAACCUAUUCCCCCUAAGGAGACUGAAAAGAUUUGGCAUGGGUCCUCAGAUCCUCAAAAGGUUCUACAGCUGCACCAUCAAGAGCAUCCUGACUGGUUGCAUCACUGCCUGGUAUGGCAACUGCUCGGCCUCCGACCGCAAGGCACUACAGAGGGUAGUGCGUACGGCCCAGUACAUCACUGGGGCCAAGCUUCCUACCAUCCAGGACCUCUAUACCAGGCGGUGUCAGAGGAAGGCCCUAGAAAUUGUCAGACUCCAGCCACCCUAGUCAUAGUGUUCUCUCUGCUACCGCACGGCAAGUGGUACCGUAGCGCCAAGUAUAGGUCCAAGAGGCUUCUAAACAGCUUCUACCUCCAAGCCAUAAGACUCCUGAACAUCUAAUCAAAUGGCUACCCAGACUAUUUGCAUUGCCCCCCCACCCCUCUUUUACGCUGCUGCUGCUCUCUGUUUAUUAUCUAUGUAUAGUCACUUUAAUAACCCUACCUACAUGUACAUAUUACCCUAAUUACCUUGACUAACCAGUGCCUCCGCACAUUGACUCGGUACCGGUACCCCCUGUAUAUAGCCUCACUAUUGUUAUUUGUUACUUUUAUUUCGUAUUAUUAUUAUUAUUUUAUUUUUUGGUAUUCUUUCUUAAAACUGCAAUGUUGGUUAAGGGCUUGUAAGUAAGCAUUUCACUGUAAGGUCUACACCUGUUGUAUUCAGCACAUUUGACAAAUAACAUUUGAUUUUAUUAGAAAUUACAGCACUGCUUUAGGGGACCAAAAGUAUUGGGACAAAUUCACUUAUGUGUAGUUAAGUAGUCAAAAGUUUUGUAUUUGGUCCCAUAUUCCUAGCACGCAAUGAUUACAUCAAGCUUGUGACGCUACAAACUAUUUGGAUGCAUUUGCUGUUUGUUUUGGUUGUGUUUCAGAUUAUUUUGUGUCCAAUAGAAUUUCAUGGUAAAUAAUGUAUUGUCAUUUUGGAGUCACUUUUAUUGUAAAUAAGAAUAGAAUAUGAUUCUGAACACUUCUACAUUCAUGUGGAUGCUACCAUUAAUAGGGAUAAUCCUAAAUGAAUUGUGAAUAAUGAUGAGCGAGAAAGUUAAGAGGCAUAAAUAUCAUACCCCCCCCCAAAAAAAUGCUAACCUCCCCUUUUAUUGUAGUGGUGAGAGGUUAGCAUGUCUUGGGGGUAUGAUAUUUGUGCGUCUAACUUUCUCACUCACCAUUAUUCAGGACUAUCCGUAAUCAUGGUAGCAUCCACAUUAAUGGAAGUAGAAGCGUUUAGAAUUUUACCAUUCAUUUCUAUUGGGCACAAGAUAAUCUGAAACACAACCAAAACAAACAGCAAAUGAAUCCAACAAGUUUGUAGUGUCACAAGCUUGAUGUAAUCAUUGCGUGCUAGGAAUAUGGGACUAAAUACUAAACUUUUGACUACUUUAAUACACAUAAAUCCCCUUGAAUGUAUGUACAAAAAGUGCUGUAAUCUCUAAACGGUUCACCUGAUAUGGAUUAAAGCUGACAGUCUGCACUGUAACCUCAUAGUCAAAUCCAAAGUGUUGGAUUAAAGAGCCAAAACAACAACAAACAUUGUCACUGUCACAAUACUUUUGGAGCUCACUGUAUAUUUAAGCAAUAAGGCCCGAGGGGGUGUGGUAUAUGGCCAACAUACCACGGCUAAGGGCUGUUCUUAUGCACGACGCAACAGACCUUAGCCGUGGGAUAUUGGCCAUAUAUCACAAACCCCCGAGGUGCCUUAUUGCUAUUAUAAAUGGGUUACCAACGUAAUUAGAGCAGUAAAAAUAAAUGUUUUGUCAUACUCGUAGUAUAUGGUAUAUACCAGGGCUUGAACCAUCCAGUUUAUAACCUCCAAUUGAACACCCGGUAAUUACAAGGGAGAACCCGCCCCUGGAUGCUUCUCUUUCUAUUGGCUCAUGGCUACUUCCUAGUUCUACGGGUAGCAGACAUUUUUUUGGAAAACACACCAUACCACCUCCUCCUCCGUGCUUCAUCCGUUCACCUACUCUGUGGCUCAGAAAGACACAGCGGUUGGAACCAAAAAUCGCGAAUUUGGACUCAUCAGACCAAAGGACAGAUUUCCACCGGUCUGAUGUCCAUUGCUCGUGUUUCUUGGCCCAAGCAAGUCUCUUCUUCUUAUUGGUGUCCUUCAGUAGUGAUUUCUUUGCAGCAAUUCGACCAUGAAGGCCUGAUUCACGCGGUAUUCUCUGAACAGUUGAUUUUGAGAUGUCUGUUACUUCAACUCUGUGAAGCAUUUAUUUGGGCUGCAAAUUAUGAGGCUGGUAACUCCAAUGAACUUAUCCUCUGCAGCAGAGGUAACUCGGCCUUCCUUUCCUAUGGCGGUCCUCAUGAGAGCCAGUUUCAUCAUAGCGCUUGAUGGUUUUUGCGACUGCACUUGAAGAAACUUUCAAAGUUCUUGAAAUGUUCCGAAUUGACUGACCUUUAUGUCUUAAAGUAAUGAUGGACUGUCGUUUCUCUUUGCUUAUUUGAGCUGUUCUUGCCAUAAUAUGGACUUGGUCUUUUACCAAAUAGGGCUAUCUUCUGUAUACCACCCCUACCUUGUCACAACACAACUGAUUGGCGCAAACGCAUUAAGAAGGAAAGACAUUCCACUAAUUAACUUUUAACAAGACACUCCUGUUAAUUUAAAUGCCAGGUGACUACUGGUUGAGAGAAUGCAAAGAAUGUGCAAAGCUGUCAUCAAGGCAAAGGGGUGUCUACUUUGAAGAAUCUAAAAUCUCAAAUAUAUUUUGAUUUGUUUAACACUACAUGAUUCCAUGUGUUAUUUCAUAGUUUUAAUGUCUUCACUAUUAUUCUUACAAUGUAAAAAAUAGUACAAAUAAAGAAAAACCUUUGAAUGAGUAGGUGUGUCCAAGCUUUUGACUGGUACUGUAUACAGUGCUAUGAAAAAGUAUUUGCCCCCUUUCUAAUUUUCUCUACUUUUGCAUAUUUGUGAUACUGAAUGUUAUCAGAUCUUCAACCAAAACCUAAUAUUAGAUAAAGGGAACAUAAGUGAACAAAUAACACAACAAUUACAUAUUUAUUUCAAAAAACCAAACUCUGCAUUCCACAGUAAGAACAUCAUACCAAAGGUCAAGCAUGGUGGUGGUGGUUGUGUGAUGGUUUGGGGAUGCUUUGCUGCCUCAGGACCUGGACGACUUGCCUUAAUAGAAGGAACCAUGAAUUCUGCUCUGUAUCAGAGAAUUCUACAGGAGAAUGUCAGACCAUCCGUCUGUGAGCUGAAGCUGAAGCACAGCUGGGUCAUGCAGCAAGACAAUGAUCCAAAACACUCAAUCAAGUCUACAUGAAAAUUGCUAAAAAGCAACAAAUUUGAAGUUUUGGAAUGUCCUAGUCAAAGUCCAGACCUAAUCCCAAUUGAGAUGUUGUGGCAGGACUUGAAACGAGCAGUUCAUGCUUGAAAACCUACACGUCACUGAGUUAAAGCAGUUCUGCAUGGAAGAGUGGGCCAAAAUUCCUCCACAGCGACGUGAGACACUGAUAAACAACUACAGGAAGCAUUUGGUUGGAGUCAUUGCAGCUAAAGGUGGCACAACCAGUUAUUGAGUGUAAGGGGGCAAUUACUUUUUCACACAGGGGAAUUGGGUGUUGUGUUAUUUGUCCACUUAUGUUCCCUUUAACUAAUAUUAGGUUUUGGUUGAAAAUCUGAUAACAUUCAGUAUCAUAAAUAUGCAAAAGUAGAGAAAAUUAGAAAGGGGGCAAAUACUUUUUCAUAGCACUGUAUAUAUAUAUAUAUAUAUUAGGACCAGGCAAAAGUUUGGACACACCUACUCAUUCCAAAAUAUACUAUAGGUCCCUUAGCCUACUAGCCAUCACCUCCCUAGGUAUAAGUGUCCUUUGGGCUGCAAAACACACUUGGCAAAAAUAAUUUUAAAUAAAAAUUACGGCUUUUAACUAACUUUGACAAAUUUCUGUUUUUAUUAUUAAAUGAUUAAUAGAUUGUUUUAGGCAUACAAGUUAUGUUAGUUAUUGAUAUUGACUAGGCAUGUAGUGGGAUACCAAUCAGUUUGAAAGCAGGCUAUUGCAAUAAAGAAAAUAAAACAUAUAUUUAUUUUCUAUAAAUUCACAAUUUUAAUUGUGGGGAAGGAGAAUGGGAACAAUGGCAAAAGCAUGGCAGUCUUUCAACAGGCCUUCCUGCAGCCACAACUCUACAACAGGUGCAUUGGAUCUUUUUGUGGCCGUGGUGCUUCGAGAAAAAGUGGACUUUUACGUGUGCCUGUCACGAAUUUCGAAUGAGUCAUAGGGCUAUGUAGCGGACUAAACUCUACUCCAUGGUGAAGGAAGUUUCUGAUGACUCCACCAACUGAGUGGAGCAGAUACCAAGCUUUGUGGAAUCUAGAUCCGUCUACAUCCAUUCACUUAAGGGCAAUACUUCCAAAACAUUUAAAUUAUGAAAAGUAUGGAUUUCAGCAAACAAAGAAAGUCACGCAAAUAUAGAGGACAAACAGGUACAAGGUAGGCGUUUCAUAAUUUACAGUUUAAGUACUGACCUUGGGCGAAUUGAUGUAGUCAGAGUUGGAUUCCGCAAAGCCUGGUCUAUGCUCCACUCUGUUGGUGGAGUCAUCAGAAACUUCCUACACCAUGGAGUGGAGUUUAGUCCGCUAAGGCCUACGUGUCUAUUUCACAAUAAGCUGUGAUGAAGGGCUCACUUUGCCUGCGAUCAGUCCUCUGAUUUAGUUCACGCUCUCUAUGUUGCUGAAUUUUGUGCGCAUGUAUUAGGACGCAUCAAGGGAUUCCCGCAUGUGGGUUACAUGUCUUCAAUGUUUGCUACGUGGGGUAACCGCAAUGUAGACUACCUGGGGAUUCUAUGUUUUUAUUCUUCAUAAUUAUAAGUUAGACAUGAAGAGCUCCAAAAACAAGGCUCCCUGGAACAAUUAUGAGCCAAAAACAGAUUUGAUAAUAUAUUUGAAACAGGACUUUGUAUUAUUGUUAGUUAAAAAUGUGUGACUAACAUGACACAUCAGUCCGUUCUUGUGGGAGGAGAACCACUGUACUCGCCAGUGACAUUUAGAGAAAUAUAGUAUGCAAAGAUGGAAAAUAACUAUUUCUUGUCCUUGUGCAGGUUGUGGGACUGGGAAACCCUGGAAUGAAUGGUUCGCGCCAUAGCGUGGGCAUGGCAGUGCUCGAAGCACUUGCUUCCCGGCUUGGGGUAGCUGAUAGCUGGCGUGGUGAUAAGCAUGUGUCCGGUGAGGUCAUCGUAUCUGACAUCCAGGACACCCAAAUCGUGCUUCUCCGACCACGACUACUGAUGAACAUAAACGGUGUAUCCGUGGCCAAAGCAGGUGAGGAAUCUUGUCUUCUUGAUGUCUUUUGACAUUUUAUGUAUUUUGAGUUUUGACUGUCAGAGGAAUUAUACCAAAAGUAGGCUAUGUGUACUGUGAAUGAAUUGUUAAUGAUAUUUUGUUUUUAAUUACCUUGAAUCAAGCGGGUAAAUACAGCAUCAAGCCUGAGCACAUACUACUGGUUCAUGACGAGUUGGAUAAGUCUCUUGGAAAGCUUGCUAUGAAACAAGGAGGGAGUGCCAGGUGAGUUGAUUCCCAGACAGUUAUCAGCCUGACUAAUGAUGCUAUCUGACAACAAUGUGAUCUUCCCAAGUUUGUGCUCAUUUUAGAUGUUGUUGAUUGACAGGGGUCACAAUGGUGUGCGGUCCUGUGUUGAGUGUCUGCAGACUGAUGUAAGUAGCUUUCCACACAGACAAAUACUCUCCCUUCCCACAUUGGGAGGAAUUGAGAGAUGACUGUUCCCUUUGACACAUUUUGGGAAGGUGCUAGAGAAUCCAGAGAAAUGUCAUGUCUGUCAAAUGGAACUGUUGUCUGGGGGGGUUGGGCGCAGAGUAAAAAGUCAAAUGUAUUUAGCAAGAUAGACAAUAAGGUACAAUUAUAUUAUUGUGCCCCCCAGGUGAUGCUCAGACUGCGUGUUGGGAUUGGCAGACCAUCAGGUAAAACAUCAGUGGACCGCCAUGUUCUGGGCCGCUUCUCUCAGGAGGAGCAGAAGGUUCUGAGGGGGGUUUUAGAAGAGAGUGUGGACAUUCUCCUCUCCCAGCUCACUGACAAGGAGAAUGUGCAGUCCCCACUCUCGCCACCUGGAGGCAGACCAGCAUCACAGACUGGGAAACCAAGGGAGCGUUUAAGCUCUCCAGGAAAGGACACAACAGCUGGCCAGACCUGA